UUCAGGUCUUUAGUGUAACCCGUUUUCUUCCCCCUUACUUAAAUUAACCUGAAUUGGAGGGAAAACGUCAAUAUUGCAGAAAUAAUCUUUUUCCAUAAUCAUGUCCCAGGAGCUGGAAGACACUUUAGCAAAAUUAUUAGUACCGGAUAAUAAUACGAUACAGCAGGCAACUCAACAGUUGAAGGAGCUAUUCAAAGAUCCUGAUAUUAUUCCAGGUUUAUGCAAAGUUUUAGAGUUAUCUCAAGUUCCUCAGGUCAGACAGUAUGCUGCAGUUUUGAUAAGAAGAAAAAUACAGAAAUCAAGACAUUGGCAUGCACAGUCAGUGGUAAUACAACAGAAUAUCAGAGAGAAUAUCUUACAGAUCUUACUGCAGGAAUCAGAAAAGAAUGUCAGGAAUGCAAUUGCACAGGUUGUUGCAACUGUUGCAAAACAUGAUUUACCCAAGAACCAGUGGCCACAACUUUUCCAGUUUCUAACAGCUUAUACAAAAAGUCAGAAUCCAGUUGAAAGGGAGACAGGGAUGUAUUUGUUAUACACAGUGUCAUCAUCUGCUGCAGAACAACUAAAGCCUCAUCUUGUGUCUCUUCUGCAGUUACUGUCAGAAGUUAUAUCUGAUAAUGAAAACCAGUUUGUACCAUAUUAUGUGGUCAGGACACUUACAGAGCUGAUAUUUUUUGUUGGUGAUGAUGAAGUGAAAUAUGUUCAGGAGAUGUUACCAAGGAUUAUAGAUGUAGCUAAAGUACUUAUCCCUAUUGAUGAGGAUCAAGCAUGUGAAGUUCUGGAAGUUUUUGAUGAGAUGUUAGAAUGUGAAGUAGCCAUACUUGUUCCCCAUAUGAAAACAGUCGUAGAUUUUUGUAUUGAGACUGCAGCUAACACUAUCUUAGAAGACAAAGUGAGAGUUAAGGGAAUGUCAUUUAUAGCCACAUUAAUUAAACUGAAGAAGAAAGCAUUUUUGAAAAUGAAGCUAGUUGAUCCUGUACUAAAUGUUUUAUUCGCUUUGAUGUGUGGUAGUGGUGAAGAAGAUAAUGCAGAAGAAGAUGAAGAAGAUUUGGAGUCUUAUAAACCAGCACAAUAUGCUCCUCAGGUAAUUGACACUAUGGCCUUACAUUUACCACCAGAAAAACUUAUUCCUAACCUGAUGCAGUUGGUUGAACCUUUGAUAUCCAGUGACAAUCCAUUGGUCAGGAGAGCGUGUUUUUUAUCCGUAGCAGUAGUAGCAGAAGGCUGUGCUGAUUAUAUUAUAAAAAAACAUCUUCAGGCUUUGUUACACUGCGUAGUGACAGGACUGAACGAUCCAGACCAAGGUGUGAGAAAUGGAGCCUUGUUUGCAAUGGGUCAGUUUUCAGAACAUUUGCAGCCUGACAUUAGUAAAUAUGCAUCAGAGAUAUUGCCAUUGGUAUUCCAGUACUUGGGAAGAGCUACAAAUGAAAUAGAUAAAAACCCAAAAGGCCUGGUCAAAAGUUAUUAUGCAUUAGAAAUGUUUUGCGAAAACUUAGGAAAUGGAAUAGAGCCAUAUUUACAACCAUUGAUGGAACAUUUGCUUGGAGUACUGAAGAUUCCUACAACCUCUGUUAAGCAGAAACAGUUAGCUAUCAGUGCUAUAGGAGCUACAGCUAAUGCAGCAAAAACAUUAUUGAAACCAUACUUUCAAGAAAUUAUAGAACUAUUUAAGGUAUACUUAACUGCUGGGGAUGAGGAAAGUGUAAGGAAAUUGCAGAUCCAAGUAUUAGAUACAUUAGCUGUGAUUGCCAGAUCCAUAGGAAACGAAACUUUUAUGCCAUUGGCACAAGACUCAGCAGUUUUAGGUAUAAGUUUGUUGGAAACAGUUGAUGACCCUGAUCUCAGAAGAUGUGUAUAUUCUCUUUUUGCUGCCUUGUCAUCAUUACUACAACAAGAAAUGGUACCAUACAUGGAGAAACUGGUUAUGUUCAUGAUAAACUCGAUAAAGUCAACAGAAGGAGUCAAGACUCACUAUAAAGAUGAAGAAGAGCAGGUGGUUAUGUUUAAUGGAGCUGAUUUUUGUGAUGAAGAAGAUUUGACAGCUGGUGAUAGUGAAGAAGAGGAAGAUUCCAAAAUUCAUGGAAUAAGUGUAGAGAAUUCCUACUUAGAUGAAAAAGAAGAUGCUUGUUGUGCAUUGGGAGAAUUGGCCGGAAAUGCAGGGUCUAUAUUCUUUCCAUACCUAGAACAAAGUUUUGGUGUAGUGCUGGAAAUGGCCAAUUACCCUACACCUGGUGUGAAGAAGACAGCUUUAGUAGCAGUAGGCAAUAUGUGUAUAUGUGUUUACAAAGCAAGCACACAAAAUGCAUCUGAGGAAAUAAACACAGUAUUAACAAAUAUGUUGCAGUCAGUUGUUAGAAGAAUCUUAGAAAUAGUACAAGAAGAUACAGAUAGAACAGUUGUUAUGACCGCCAUUGAUACUUUAUAUGAAAUGUUAGAAAAAAUAGGAAGACCUGUUUUAGACGUUCAAGGUGCAACUGGUGCCAUUCUUGCAAGGAUGAAAGAAGCAUUUACAAACAAGUUAUCUUGCCAAGAUGAGGAUACCUUAGAAGAUGAUGAUCAACAGGCAGAGUUCGAUGGGAUGUUGAUUGAAUCUGCUGGCGAUGUCCUUCCUGCAAUGGCAAAACUAUUAGGGGGAGACAUAUUCUUGCCUUUUUUCAGAAGUUUUCUGGUAGAUUUAUUGAAAAGAUUAAAAGAAACAAGUUCUGUGGCAGAAAAGUCAUUUGCUGUAGGUACAUUAGCUGAAACUUUGUUAGCCUGUGGGCAGGUCUCAGUAAAUUUUGUAGAUCAACUUUAUCCUCUGUUUAUGAAGAUGAUUAGAGAUGAAGAUGAGGAGGUCCGCAGUAAUUCCAUAUUUGCCCUUGGUGUUCUUAUGGCAAACAGUGGAGAUAAGUUAUAUUUACAUUAUACACAAGUUUUAAAAACUUUGUUUGCAAUAUUGAAUAAAGAAGGCAACCCAAGAGUGAUAGAUAAUAUAUGUGCAGCGACAUGUAGAAUGAUAACAACACAUAAGUCGGCUUUACCACUUGAACAGGUAAUCCCAGUGAUUGUACAAUGUUUACCACUGAAGGAAGAUUUUGAAGAAAAUGAGACGGUUUACAACUGUUUAUUACAGCUUUAUUGUGAUGAUAUACAAUUAAUUAAAGCUCAUAUUCCAAAAAUUCUAGAGUCUAUUUCAUGUGUAGUUGGAACAGAAAAGGUUAAACAAGAUGUACAGUCAACAUUAGUUCAUUUCGUGAAAGAUGUGUCUUUGAAGUACCCUAGGGAUUAUCAAGCUGUCAGAAAUUGUUUACCUGCUGAAAAAAUUUCGAAAUUAGACGCUUGUCUUCAAAUGAGUUUUGGAUGUAGUUAAAUGCAAGCAACUGUUUUGAAUUAUACAUGUAGAUUUUGUCAUGAUCCUUUCUAAGGUUUUGUUCCUCAAAGUUACAGAUUUGAAACUUGAAUUAAUUGGAUUGAUUAUCACCAUAGAUAGACAUUUGAUUUUUCAGCAUUUUCAGGUACAAUCUUCUGCCAUUAAACUUCUCCACUUGAAGUUAUGUUCCUGCUGCAAAUCUUUAUAUGAGUUGUUCAUUGACUAACAACAAGUCACUUCUUCAUUUUUCAACCAAAAUUAUGUUUAAUUAAAAAUUCUUAAACUUAGCUUUAUAAAUAAUUCAGAUAAUUAAAUUUUAUAAAAGAAUUUACAUUAAAUUUUUCUAUUUUGUAUAUUAUAGCAAGAAACAAACUAAAACUGAGGGAAACGCAUCAAGAAAAAGAGAACAUAGAUAGAAACUUUAAAUAUCAAAAAUAAUUAGCAAUACAAGGUCUUCGAAUAAGUCAGCAUGUUCCAAAUCAUCAGUUGAUUCCUUAUUGCAGUAAUUGCCCUUUAAUGACGAUUUUUACCAUUUUUGUUUUGCGUUUUUGUCUAUUACAAUGUAUCUUUAAAAAGUAAAAAAGAUAUAAACUUUAAUUAGCUAUACAAGAUCUACAGAUAAUUCUAAUGGAUGAAAAAGUCAGUUGACUUCUUUAUCGCAGUGUUUGCCCUUUAAUGAUGAUUUCUACCAAUUCUGCCUUUUAUCUUGAAAACUAUAAUGGAUAGAUAUAAACUUUAUAAAUAGCAAAAAUGGUCAGCAAGACAGGAUCCACAAAUAGGUCAACAUUGCUGAUUGUUAGUUGAAUUCUGUUUCAAAAAAUUAAAACAAUUAUGGAUUUUGAGAUUCCUUUUUAAGCUUUUCUCAUCACUUGGUGUACGUCGUCCGUCGUUGUCCAUUCACUUUUAAAAAAAAUCAUCUCUUCUGAAACUACUGGGCCAAAUUUAACCAAACUUGAACACAAUCAUCAUUUGGGUAUCUAGUUUAAAAAUGGUGUCAAAUGACCCCGCUUGUCAACCAACAUGACUAAAAAUAGAACAGAGGAUAAAAUGCACAUUUUUAUACGGAUUUUGCAGCCUUAUAAUGGUAUGACGUUGUCGUCGUCGUCGUCCGAAGACAUUUGGUUUCCAGACAAUAACUUGAAUAUAAGUGUAUGGAUAUCCAUGAAAUUGUACCACAAGGUUCUAUCCAACUAAAGGAAGGUUGGGAUUGAUUUUGAGUGUUGUCCUAACUGUUUAGGAAUAAGGGGCCAAAAACAAGCACUUUUAGCUCACCUGGCCCAAAAGGGCCAAGUGAGCUUUAUCAACACUUGGCGUCCGACGUCCGUCUUCGUCGUCGUCUGUUAACUUUUACAAAAAUCUUCUCUGAAACUACAGGGCCAAUUCUAAUCAAACUUAGACACAAGCAUCAUUGGAGUACCUAAAAAAUGACCCACCUGUCAACCAACAUGGCCGACAUGGCAAAAAAUAGAACAUAGGGGUAAAAUGAAAGUUUUGUCUAUUAUCUUAAAAACCGAUAUAAAUGAAGAAAAUAUGUCGGGGGCAAGAAUGAUGAAAUAUAUUUAUUGUCUGUUUCCAUAAAAACUGUCAGACUACUUCUUAUAGGAGUUAUUGACCUUAAAUGAUAAAGGAUUAGGUCCGGUAAGGGCCGAUUUUGGCCUCAAAAUUCAGGUUCAUUUGAAGAAAGAUUUAAGACACUUUUUAAACACUUAAGUGUCUACUUCAGUCGAUUCAAUUAGUUUAUGUGAAAGAUUUGAACUGAUUUAGUCAUUAAGGACACACAAAUUCAAGCUUAAAUAUGAAAAAUCAAUCAAAUAUGCCAUAAUAUGUCACUUUUCAGAUGGUUUUUGUCAAAAAUGAAAGUGGCCGCAUCCGUGUUCAUUCUCAACCUUUAUAUAUGUUAUGUAUUAUCAUCUAAUACAACUUACAUUUAAAUAUUAAGAAUGAACACAAAUGCGGCCACUUCCAUUUCAGACGGAAACCGUCUGAAAAUUAACCAAAAUGCUAAAAUUUCGAAGAUUUCAGUAAUUUAGCAUGACUUAAUAAUGCUAGUACCCGAUACAUGCCCAUUGUAUUGUCAAAAACAGCCCAUAUUUAUGUAACAGAAGUAUUCGUCUUUCAAAUAAAUAGCUAAAAAUUUACAUUUUAACAAUUUUGUAAAAUUGCUAUAUUUUGGGGCCAAAAAGGGGUCUUACUGGGCCUACUCCUUUUACUAAUGUUUUGCUUUUUUGUCUAAUAUCUUGAAAACAAUAAUAGAUAGAUGAAACUGAAAUAAGCAAAAAGGAUCUGCAAGACAAGAUCUACAAAUAAGAUAACAUGGCUGAAAUCCUCUGAUGAUUCCUUAUUAGAGUUAUUGCCCUUAAAUGACGAUUUUUACCAUUUUUAGCUCACCUGACCCGAAGGGUCAAGUGAGCUUUUCUCAUCACUUGGCGUCCGUCGUCCGUCGUCCGUCGUCGUCGUCGUCGUCGUCGUCCGUCGUCGUUAGCUUUUUACAAAAAUAUUCUCCUCUGAAACCACUGGGCCAAAUUUAACCAAACUUGGCCACAAUCAUCAUUAGGGUAUCUAGUUUGAAAAAUGUGUCCGAUGAUCCUGCCAACCAACCAAGAUGGCCGCCAUGGCUAAAAAUAGAACAUAGGGGUAAAAUGUAGAUUUUGGCUUAUAUCUCUGAAACCAAAGCAUUUAGAGGAAAUCUGACAUAGGGUAAAACUGAUUAUCAGGUCAAGAUCUAUCUGCCCUGAAAUUUUCAGACAAAUCUGACAACCUGUUGUUGGGUUGCUGCCCCUGAAUUGGUAAUUUUAAGGAAAUUUUGCAGUUUUUGGUUAUUAUCUUGAAUAUUAUUAUAGAUAGAGAUAAACUGUAAACAGCAAUAAUGUUCAGCAAAGUAAGAUCUACAAAUAAGUUGUCAUGACCAAAAUUGUCAGUCGACCCCUUUAGGAGUUAUUGCCCUUAAUAAUCAAUUUUUUACAAUUUUUCGUAAAUUUUUGUAAUCUUUUACAAAAAUCUUCUUCUCUGAAACUACUGAUACAAAUUUGACCAUACUUGGCCAUAAUCAUUAUUAGGGUAUCUAGUUUAAAAAGUUUGUCCGAUAACCCCGCCAACCAACCAAGAUGGCCGCCAUAGCUAAAAAUAGAACAUAGGGGUAAAAUGCAGUUUUUGGUUUAUAUCUCUGAAACUAAAGCAUUUAGAGCAAAUCUGACAGGUGGCAAAAAUGUUCAUCAGAUUUAGAUUUAUUUGCCCUGAAAUUUUCAGACAAAUCCGACGUCCCGUUGUUGGGUUGCUGCCCCUGAGUUAGUAAUUUUACAAAAAUUUUGCAGUUUUUUGUUAUUAUCUUAGAUAUCAUUAUAAUAUCUAAUAUCUAAUACUAUUAAUUAUGAUUUUAACCUUAUUUUACAUGAUUUCCAAAGCAUCAGUAAAUACAGGUGAGCGACACAGGCUCUUGAGAGCCUCUAGUUUUGUGUUUUUGUCUUAUAUCUGAAAAACAAUAAUAGAUAGAUGUAAACUUAUAUUAGCAAAAGUGAUCAGCAAGACAAGAUGUACAAAUGAAUCACAUUGUCGAAAUCUUUCGGCGACUCCUUAUUGGCGUAAUUGCUCUUUAAAGACCAUUUUUACCCAGUUUUAAUGGUUUUGCCUAUUAUCUUGAAAACUAUAAUAGAUAAAUGAACACUUCAAACAGUGAAAUUGAUCAGCAAGACAAGAUCUACAAAUGACUUAAUAAGACGAAAUCGUCUGACAACUCCUAAUUGGAGUUAUUGUCCUUUAAUGGCGAUUUUACCUCUUUUUUUCGUUUUUGCUGAAUAUCUUACAAACUGAAAUAGGUAGAUAAAAAUUUAAAUUGGCAAAAAAGAUCAUCAAGACAAGAUCUACAAAGAAGCCUAUGGCAGAAAUCGUCAGUCGACACUGUAAAGAAGUUAUUGCCCUUUAAUGACGAUUUCUACACAUUUUUUUUUAGUUUUUGCCUCAUAUCUUGAAAACUAAAAUAAGAUAUGUAGAAAAUUAAAAUAAGAAAAAAUGAUCAGCAAGACAAGAUUUACAAAUAGUUCAACAUGACUGAAAUUGUUAGUUGACUCCUUAUUUGAGUUAUAGCCCUUUAAUGAUAAUUUUUACCAUUUUUUUUUUUUGGGGGGGGGGGUCAUUUUUGCCUUUUAUAUCUUAAGAGCCCCUAGUUCUUGUUUCAGGACAAUAACUUGUGUAUAAGUGUAUGGAUCUCUAUGAAGUUGUACCACAUGGUUCCAUACCUCAAAAGGAAGAUUGGGAUUGAUUUUGGGGGUGAUGGCCUAAACCGUUUACGAAUUAGGGGCUAAAAACAAGGAUGUUCUGGUUUCCGGACAAUAACAUGAGCAUAAGUCUAUGGAUCACUAUAAAAUUGUACCCAAGGUUCCAUACCAAAAGAGGAAGGUUCGAAUUGAUUUUGGGGGUUAUGGCCUUAACCGUUUAGGAAAAAGGGGCCAAAAACAAUACUUUUCUAAUACUUUGUAUAAUUGCUUAUUUCUUGACCAAUUCCAAUGGGGUUUAAUUUAAAGUAUUGAAUUCUUGGGGUUCUUUAAUAUGCUGAAUCUAACGGUGUAUAUUUCCAAUAAAUAAGGAGGGGACGAGCCCUCAGGGCCCCUGAAUCCGCCUAUGGUAGCACUAUCUUAACAUUAGUAUUAGGCAUUGGAUUAUUGAAAUUUGAGAAAAUAACAAUUAUCUUAAGUUUAUGGAUUUUUAGCAGCAAAUUAAAAAAUAUUGACCAUAAAUUAUGAUAACUCUUUACCGUGAAAGGGUAACUUUAAAAGAAUUAUAUACAUGUACAUAUAAUUUGAUUUUCACUGAACAUGCUGAAGGCCCAUUACAGAAAGAUGUUUCUCAAAAUUAGUAUGUUGUCUUUCUUUUACUUUGAAACAGGACUCAAUGUUUAUAACAUAUAAUAUAUGUGAUUUUUUGUCUGUGACUUUCUGUCCUAUAUUCUGACCGUUAUCAUGACUAGGAAAAAUGACUUUAUACCUAUUUAUAUGUAAUAGGCUUUGCAUCAAAUUUAUAGAAACACUUAGAUUGAACCAUAAUUUUUAUCAAAUAAGAAAAUAUAAAAUGCUUUUCAAACAUAUAAGCAUACGAUAAAUGUAUUGACUUUCGAGAACAUUUGGCAUACCUCAAGUUAAGUCGUUGAAUAUGUUUACUUAUAUUUUCUUAAAAUAUUUUAAACUACCAAGAUAUCGUGCAUGCAGGGGCUCAGGCAUACCUCAAGUAGUCCGUGAAAUGUUUAUUUUUUUAUGAAAAUAUUUAAAACUACCAAGAUAUCCUACACAAGGCUCGGGCAUGCCUUAAGUUGUACGUGGAAAUAAUUAUUUACAGUUAUGAAAAUAUAAAAAACAAUUAUAUUGGAUUUAUCAACUUACAUGUAUUUUUUGCCUACUUCACACCUUGUGUGUGUUACUUUAUAUUUGUGAUCAAACGUGUCAAAUUAUAACCGGUAAUAUACAACAUAAUUCACAACACAGUAAAAUACAAUAUACUACUCAAUACCAUAAAAAGUUUAAAUAACCUGGUGUCCGUCACAGUACCCUAAACUGUUUUUCCCAGUUUUUUUUUAUUAUUUGAUAAAGACUUUACCAUUCAAUCUUAAUAGUUUUUAUACGACCGCAAAAAAAUUUUGCGGUCGUAUAUUGGUAUGACGUUGGCGUCUGUCUGGCGUCGUCCGGCGUCGUCCGAAGACACAUUGGUUUUCGCACUCUAACUUUAGUUUAAGUGAAUGGAUCUCAAUGAAAUUUUACCAUAAGGUUCAAUACCACAAAAGGAAGGUUGGGAUUGAUUUUGGGGGUUAUGGUACCAACAGUUAAGGAAUUAGGGGCCAAAAAGGGGCCAAAAAUAAGCAUUUUUGUAACUUCCAGACAUAACUUGUGUGUUAGUGUAUGGAUCUCUCUGACAUUGUACCACAAGGUUCCAUAUCACACAGGGAAUACUGGGAUUAAUUUUGGGGGUAAUUGCCUCAAAAUAUUAGGAAUUAGGGGCCAAAAAAGGGGCAAAAAACAAGCAUUUUUUUAGUUUCAUGACCUUAACUUGUGUGUAAGUGUAUGGAUCUUUCUGAAAUUGUACUACAAGGUUCCAUAUCACAAAGGGAAAGCUGGAAUUGAGUUUGGGGGUAAUUGCCCAAAACGUUUAGGAAUAAGGGGCCAAAAAGGGGCCAAAAAUAAGCAUUUUUCUAGUUUCCAGACAAUAACUUGUGUUCAAGUGUAUGGAUCUCUCUGAAAUUGUACUGCAAGGUACCAUACAACAAAGGGAAGGCUGGGAUUGAGUUUGGGGGUGAUGAAUCAUAAGGGGGUUCAAAAAAUUUGGGGGGGGAUUUUUUUUUUUUCCUUUUUUUUUUCUUUUAAAAUUUUCCAUUUUAAGUUGGUUAUUUCUGUUUUAUAUUUAAAAGCAAAUAAUAACGAUAUGGUAGGAGAUACACACCAAACAGGAUGUGUAAAUUAUUAUAAAAUAAGUAUUGUGCAAUAGCAAGAAAUUUUCAAUUGCACAGUAUUGCACAAUAGCAAGAAAUCUUCAAUUGCACAGUAUUGCACAAUAGCAAGAAAUCUUCUAUUGCACAGUAUUGUGCAAUAGCAAGAAAUAUCCAAUAGCACAAUAUUGCGCAAUAGCAAGAAAUUGUCAAUUGUACAGUAUUGCGCAAUAGCAAGAAAUAUUCCAUUGCACAGUAUUGUACAAAAGAAGAUACUUCGUAUAAAUUGCUUAUUUCUUGACCAAUUUCAAUGGGGUUUUAUUCUUGAAUUCUUGGGGUUCUUUAAUAUGCUGAUUCUAACCGUGUAUUAAGUUUUUGGAUUUUGGGCCCCGUUUUUAAAUUGGUCCACAUUGAGGUCCAAAGGGUCCAAAAUUAAACUUUGUUUGAUUUCAUCAAAAAUUGAAUUAUUGGGGUUCUUUGAUAUGCCGAAUCUAACCGUGUAUUUAGAUUCUUAAUUUUUGGUUCUGUUUUCAAAUUGGUCUACAUUAAGGUCCAAAAGGUCCAAAAUUAAACUAAGUUUGAUUUUAACAAAAAUUGAAUUCUUAGGGUUCUUUGAUAUGCUGAAUCUAAACAUGUAUUUAGAGAUUUUUGAUUAUGGGCCCAGUUUUCAAGUUGGUCCAAAUCGGGGUCCAAAAUUAAACUUUGUUUGAUUUCAACAAAAAUUGAAUAUAUGGGGUUCUUUGAUAUGCUGAAUCUAAUCAUGUAUUUAGAUUUUUGAUUUUUGGGCCCAGUUAUCAACUUUGUCCACAUUGAGGUCAAAAGGGUCCAAAAUUAAACUUUGUUUGAUUUCAUCAAAAAUUGAAUUAUUGGGGUUUUUUGAUAUGCUGAAUCUAACCAUGUAUUUAGAUUUUGGAUAUUGGACCAUAAUAGGUGAAUGUCCAAUUUAAAAUUUUUAAGUUCUUAGACCACAUUCAUUCUGUGUCAGAAACCUAUGCUGUGUCAAAUAUUUAAUCACAAUCCAAAUUCAGAGCUGUAUCAAGCUUGAAUGUUGUGUCCAUACUUGCCCCAACUGUUCAGGGUUCGACCUCUGCGGUCGUAUCAAGCUGCGCCCUGCGGAGCAUUUUAUUGUAACUUCCAGACAUAAUUUGUGUGUAAGUGUAUGGAUCUCUCUGACAUUGUACCACAAUGUUCCAUAUCACAAAGGGAAUGCUGGGAUUGAUUUUGGGGGUAAUUGCCUCCAAAUUUUAGGAAUUGGGGGCCAGAAAGGGGCAAAAAACAAGCAUUUUUCUAGUUUCAUGACAAUAACUUGUGUGUAAGUGUAUGGAUCUCUCUGACAUUGUAUCACAAGGUUCCAUAUCACAAAGGGAAUGCUGGGAUUGAUUUUGGGGGUAAUUGCCUCCAAAUUUUAGGGAUUAGGGGCCAAAAAGGGGCUAAAAACAAGCAUUUUUCUAGUUUCAUGACAAUAACUUGUGUGUAAGUGUAUGGAUCUUUCUGAAAUUGUACUACAAGGUUCCAUAUCACAAAGGGAAAGCUGGAAUUGAGUUUGGGGGUAAUUGCCCAAAAAGUUUAGGAAUAAGGGGCCAAAAAGGGGCAAAAAAUAAGCAUUUUUCUAGGUUCCAGACAAUAACUUGUGUUCAAAUGUAUGGAUCUCUCUGAAAUUGUACUGCAAGGUACCAUACCACAAAGGGAAGGCUGGGAUUGGUUUUGGGGGUAAUUGCCUCAAAAUUUUAGGAAUUAGGGGCCAAAAACAAGCAUUUUUCUAGUUUCAGGACAAUAACUUGUGUGUAAGUGUAUGGAUCUUUAUGAAAAUGUACUACAAGGUUCCAUAUCACAAAGGGAAAGCUGGGUUUGAGUUUGGGGGUAAUUGCCCUAAACGUUUAGGAAUUUGGGGCCAAAAAGGGGCCAAAAAACACAUUUUUUUUCUAGUUUCCAGACAAUAACUUGUGUUCAAGUGUAUGGAUCUCUCUGAAAUUGUACUGCAAGGUACCAUACCACAAAGGGAAGGCUGGGAUUGAGUUUGGGGGUGAUGAAUCAUAAUGGGGGUUCAAAAAAUUUUGGGGAAGGAUUUAUUUUUUUUUUCCUUUUUUUUCUUUUUUUCCUUUUUUGUUUCUUUUAAAAUUUUCCAUUUUAAGUUGGUUAUUUCUGAUUUAUAUUUAAAAUCAAAUAAUAAUGAUAUGGUAGGAGAUACACACCAAACAGGAUGUGUAAAUUAUUAUGUAAUAAGUAUUGUGCAAUAGCAAGAAAUUUUCAAUUGCACAGUAUUGCACAAUAGCAAGAAAUCUUCAAUUGCACAGUAUUGCGCAAUAGCAAGAAAUCUUCAAUUGCACAGUAUUGCGCAAUAGCAAGAAAUAUCCAAUAGCACAAUAUUGCGCAAUAGCAAGAAAUUGUCAAUUGUACAGUAUUGCGCAAUAGCAAGAAAUAUUUAAUAGCACAGGAUUGUGCAAAAGAAGAUACUUCCUAUAAAUUGCUUAUUUCUUGACCAAUUUCAAUGGGGUUUUAUUCUUGAUUUCAUGGGGUUCUUUAAUAUGCUGAAUCUAACCGUCUAUUUAGUUUUUGGAUUUUGGGCCCCGUUUUUAAAUUGGUCCACAUUGAGGUCCAAAGGGUCCAAAAUUAAACUUUGUUUGAUUUCAUCAAAAAUUGAAUUAUUGGGGUUCUUUGAUAUGCCGAAUCUAACUGUGUAUUUAGAUUCUUAAAUUUUGGUUCUGUUUUCAAAUUGGUCUACAUUAAGGUCCAAAGGGUCCAAAAUUAAACUUAGUAUGAUUUUAACAAAAAUUGAAUUCUUAGGGUUCUUUGAUAUGCUGAAUCUAAACAUGUAUUUAGAUUUUUGAUUAUGGGCCCAGUUUUCAAGUUGGUCCAAAUCUGGGUCCAAAAUUAAACUUUGUUUGAUUUCAACAAAAAUUGAAUAUAUGGGGUUCUUUGAUAUGCUGAAUCUAACCAUGUAUUUAGAUUUUUGUCGAGCCUUCGACUUUAGUCGAAAAAGCGAGACAUAGCGAUCCUACAUUCCGUCGGCGUCGUCGUUGUCGUCGGCGGCGUCCACAAAUAUUCACUCUGUGGUUAAAGUUUUUGAAAUUUUAAUAACUUUCUUAAACUAUCCUGGAUUUCUACCAAACUUGGACAGAAGCUUGUUUAUGAUCAUAAGAUAGUAUCCAGAAGUAAAUUUUGUAAAAAUAAAAUUCCAUUUUUUCCGUAUUUUACUUAUAAAUGGACUUAGUUUUUCUGCCGGUAAAUAUUACAUUCACUCUGUGGUUAAAGUUUUUUAAAUUUUAAUAACUUUCUUAAACUAUCCUGGGUUUGUACCAAACUUGGACAGAAGCUUGUUUAUGAUCAUAAGAUAGUAUCUAGAAGUAAAUUUUGUAAAAAAAAUAAAUCCAUUUUUUCUGUAUUUUACUUUUAAAUGGACUUAGAUUUUCUGCCAGGAAACAACACAUUCACUCUGUGGUUAAAGUUUUUAAAAUUUUAAUAACUUUCUUAAACUAUCCAGGAUUUCUACCAAACUUGGACAGAAGCUUGUUUAUGAUCAUAAGAUAGUAUCCAGAAGUAAAUUUUGUAAAAAUAAAAUUCCAUUUUUUCUGUAUUUUACUUAUAAAUGGACUUAGUUUUUCUGCCGGGAAAUUUUACAUUCACUCUGUGGUUAAAGUUUUUAAAAUUUGAAUAACUUUCUUAAACUAUCCUGGGUUUGUACCAAACUUGGACAGAAGCUUGUUUAUGAUCAUAAGAUAGUAUCCAGGAGUAAAUUUUGUAAAAAAAAUAAAUCCAUUUUUUCCUUAUUUUAUUUUUAAAUGGACUUAGAUUUUCUGCCAGGAAACAACACAUUCACUCUGUGGUUAAAGUUUUUAAAAUUUUAAUAACUUUCUUAAACUAUUUUGGAUUUGUACCAAACUUGGACAGAAGCUUGUUUAUUAUCAAAAGCUAGAAUCUAGAAGAAAAUUUUGUAAAAAAAUAAAUCCAUUUUUUCUGUAUUUUACUUUUAAAUGGACUUGGAUUUUCUGCAAGGAAAAAACACAUUCACUCUGUGGUUAAAGUUUUUAAAAUUUUAAUAACUUUCUUAUACUAUUUUGGAUUUGUACCAAACUUGGACAGAAGCUUGUUUAUGAUCAAAUACUAGUAUCUAGAAGGAAAUUUUGUUUUCUUCCAGUUAACAUUACAUUCAGUCUGCAGUUAAAGUUUUUAAACAUUUAUUAGAUUCAUAAACUAUCCUGGAUUUUUACCAAACUUGGACAGAAGCUUCUUACAAUCAAAAGAUAGUAUCAAGUGAAAUAUUUUUAUUGAUUUACUUCCUCAUUUUUGUUGAGCCUGCGAUUAACAGAAAAAGUAGGUGAGACACUCGGUUCCGCGGAACCCUUACGAAUUUUUGGUUAUUAUCUUGAAUAUUAUUAUAGAUAGAGAUAAACUGUAUACAGCAAUAAUGUUCAGCAAAGUAAGAUCUACAAUUAAGUCAACUUGACCAAAAUGGUCAGUUGACCCCUUAAGGAGUUAUUGCCCUUUAUAGUCAAUUUUUAACCAUUUUUCGUAAAUUUUUGUAAUCUUUUACAAAAAUCUUCUCCUCUGAAACUACUAAGACAAAUUUAACCAAACUUGUCCACAAUCAUCAUUAGGGUAUCUUGUUUAAAAAAUGUGUCCCAUGACCCCGCCCGCGAACCAAGAUGGCCGACAUGGCUAAAAAUAGAACAUAGGGGUAAAAUGUAGAUUUUGGCUUAUAUCUCUGAAACCAAAGCAUUAAGAGUAAUCUGACAUAGGGUAAAACUGAUUAUCAGGUCAAGAUCUAUCUGCCCUGAAAUUUUCAGACCAAUCAGGCAACACGUUGUUGGGUUGCUGCCCCUGAAUUGGUAAUUUUAAGAAAAUUUUGCAGCUUUUGGUUAUUAUCUUGAAUUUUAUUAUAGAUUAUAGAACUGUUAACAGCAAUAAUGUACAGCAAAGUAAGAACUACAAAUAAGUCAACAUGACCAAAAUUGUCAAUUGACCCCUUAAGGAGUUAUUGCCCUUUAUAGUCAAUUUUUUACAAUUUUUUCAUAAAUUUUGUAAAUUUUUGUAAAUUUUUUACAAAAUAUUUUCCACUGUAACUACUGGGCCAAGUUCAUUAUAGAUAGAGAUAAUUGUAAGCAGCAAGAAAGUUCAGUAAAGUAAGAUCUACAAACACAUCACCAUCACCAAAACACAAUUUUGUCAUGAAUCCAUCUUUGUCCUUUGUUUAAUAUGCACAUAUACCAAGGUGAGCGACACAGGCUCUUUAGAGCCUCUAGUUUUGAAAACUUGUAAACAGUCAAGAUCCCCACCCUGAAACCAUAUAUAUUCUUGUAUGUUACAAUAAAACAAAUCAAAGGAAACAAAAGUCAAGUCCCCUGGGGUCAUCCCCACCUUCUUUCUGUUUAAGAACUUGUAAACGGUCGAGAUCCCCACCCCUAAACCAUAUAUAUUCUUGUAUGGGACAAUAAAACUAAUCAAAUGAAAUAUAGGGGAAGUCCAUUGGGGUAACCCCUACCCCCUUUUUUUUGAUAACUUGUAAACAGUCAAGAUUCCAACCCAGAAACCAUAUAUAUUCUUGUAUGGGACAAUAUAUCAAAUCAAAUGAAAUAUAAGGGAAGUCCACGGGGGUAAACCCUACCCCUUUCUUUUUGAAAACUUGUAAACGGUUCAGAUCCCCACCCCUAAACCAUAUAUAUUUUACAGGGACAAUAAAAUAAAGCAAAUUAAAUUUAGGGGAAGUCCCCUGGGGUAACCCCUACUCUCCUUUUUAGCUCACCUGGCCCGACCUGACCUGCCUCUAGUUUAGCUCACCGGGGCCCUUCGGGCCCCAUGUGAUCUUAUGCCAUCACUUGGCGUCUGUCGUCUGUCGUUGUAAACUAUUUCAAAAAUCUUCUCAUCUGAAACUACUGGGCCAAAUACCUUCAAACUUUAACUAAAUGUUCCUUAGGGUAUCUAGUUUAUAAAUUGUAUCCGAAGUUUUGAUCCACCGACAAACAUGGCCGCCAUGGCUAAAAAUAGAACAUAGGGGUCAAAUGCAGUUUUUGGCUUAUAUCUCAAAAACUUAGGCUUUUAGAGCAAAUCUGACAUGGGGGUAAAAUUGUUCAAUUGGUCAAGAUCUAUCAGCUCUGAAAUUUUCAGACAAAUCGAACAACCCAUUUUUGUGUUGCUGCCACCGAAUUGGUAGUUUUAAAAAAAUUUUGCAGUUUUUAUACGACCGCAAAAAAAAUUUUGUGGACGUAUAUUGGUAUGACGUCGUCAUCGUCGUUGUCCGAAGACACAUUAGUUUUCACACUACAAAAAAGUUAAUAUGACCAUAAUUGUCAAUUGAGCCCUUAAGGAGUUAUUGCCCUUUAAAGACAAUUUUACACAAUUUGUUCAUCAAGUUUGCUAACAUUUAAAAAUCUUCUCCUCUGAAACUACUGGGCCAAUUACCUUCAAACUUUAACUAAAUGUUCCUUAGGGUAUCUUAAUUAUAAAUUGUAUCCGAAGUUUGUAUCCAUCGACAAACAUGGCCGCCAUGGCUAAAAAUAGAACAUAAGGGUCAAAUGCAGUUUUUGGCUUAUAUCUCAAAAACCAAAUCUUUUAGAGCAAAUGUGACAUGGGGGUAAAAUUGUUUAAUUGGUCAAGAUCUAUCGGCCCUGAAAUUUUCAGACGAAUUGAACAACCCAUUGUUGGGUUGCUGCCACCGAAUUGGUAGUUUUAAAAAAAUUUUGCAGUUUUUAUACGACCGCAAAAAAAAUUUUGUGGACGUAUAUUGGUAUGACGUCGUCAUCGUCGUCGUCCGAAGACACAUUAGUUUUCACACUCUAACUUUAGUUUAAGUGAAUGGAUCUCUAUGAAAUUUUACCAUAAGGUUCAAUACCACAAAAGGAAGGUGGGGAUUGAUUUUGGGGGUUAUGGUACCAACAGUUAAGGAAUUAGGGGCCAAAAAUAAGCAUUUUCUAGUUUCCAGACAAUAACUGUGGAACGGUGUAUGGAUCUCUCUGAAAUUAUACUACAAGUUUCCAUACCACAAAGGGAUGGUUAGGAUUUGCUUUGGGGGGUUAUUGCUCAAACCGUUUAAGAAUUAGGGGCAAAAAAGGGGGAAAAACAAGGUUGUCCUCAUUAAUGGACAAAUACUUUAGUACAAAACAUAAUUUAAAGCAGUGUAAGGGAGAUAAAUCAAAUACAUCAUUGAAAUUAUCUCCCUUACACUGCUUUUAAAUUAUGUAUAAAGUAAUGGUUAAUGAACAAUUAAGAUAAUUUAAAACAGUGAAAGGGAGGUAAUCCAAAUACAACGUUUUGGUUACUUCCCUUACACUGCUUUUAAAUUAUGUUUAAAGAAAUGCAUAUUUAUAAAGGAAGACCAGUAUGGCGCAUUAGAUUUGUAAAAUCUUUGACCACAUUUAUUUAUUUGUUAUGCCGAAUCUAACCGUGUAUUUAGAUUUUUAAUUUUGGGUCCAGUUUUCAAAUUGGUCUACAUUAAGGUCCAAAGGGUCCAAAAUUAAACUUUGUU